GGAGCGCAGUUCCACCGGACGAAACCUUUGCCUUUCGAGACUGCUAGCCUGCGCUGUAGCAUUUUUCUCCGCUCUUGUAAGCGUAAUUCCGUUCUAAGGUCAAUGUUAUUACCAACUACCCAAAUUAAUUUAUUUGGGCCCACGAAAAAGGAACGGCGGUUCUGUAUCGGUAAAUAGAGCUUGACCCGCUCUUACAUCUGUUGAAGAGAGACGUGUUUUAGAGGCAGCGUGUUCAGUUCCGCCGCGUUUGGACAUCUUUUUAUGCCUGAUCUCUCGGCGCCUAGGUGGGUGGUGUGACGGUACAAUGAUCGAGCGACCAGAAUCUGCUGUUUCCAGCAUUGCACAGAGGAAUCUGGAGGGUUAUGUCGGCUUCGCCAACCUCCCCAAUCAGGUUUACCGGAAGUCUGUCAAGAGGGGCUUUGAGUUCACUCUCAUGGUCGUUGGUGAGUCUGGCCUGGGAAAGUCCACCCUCAUCAACUCCCUGUUCCUGACCGACCUGUACUCCAAGGACUACCCUGGACCCUCCCAGCGCAUCAAGAAGACUGUGCAGGUGGAACAGUCCAAGGUGUUGGUAAAGGAGGGGGGGGUGCAGCUCACUCUUACCAUCGUCGAUACUCCAGGUUUUGGUGACGCCGUGGACAACAGCAACUGCUGGCAACCUGUCAUCAACUACAUUGACAGUAAGUGUGAGGACUUCCUGAAUGCUGAGUCCAGGGUGAACCGCAGGUUGAUGCCUGACAACAGGGUGCACUGCUGCCUCUACUUCAUCGCCCCCUCGGGACAUGGGUUGAAGCCUCUGGAUAUAGAGUUCAUGAAGAGGCUUCAUGACAAGGUCAACGUCAUCCCUCUCAUCGCCAAGGCCGACACUCUCACCCCAGAGGAGUGCCAGCUAUUUAAGAAACAGAUCAUGAAGGAGAUCCAGGAACACAAGAUCAAGAUCUAUGAGUUUCCUGACACGGAGGAUGAUGAGGACAGCAAGCUCAUCCGCAAGAUCAAGGAGCGGAUGCCCCUGGCAGUUGUAGGCAGCAACGUGGUGAUCGAGGUCAACGGCAGGAAGGUCAGAGGUCGGCAGUACCCCUGGGGCGUGGCUGAAGAGGGCAUUUUUGUGGAGAACGGAGAGCACUGUGACUUCACCGUGCUACGGAACAUGCUGAUCAGGACCCACAUGCAGGACCUGAAGGAUGUGACCAACAAUGUCCACUAUGAGAACUAUCGCAGCAGGAAGCUGGCAGCCGUCACCUGCAACGGAGUGGACACCACCAAGACCAAGGGUCAGCUCACCAAGAGCCCCUUGGCCCAGAUGGAGGAGGAGCGGAGGGAGCACGUGAUGAAGAUGAAGAAGAUGGAGACUGAGAUGGAGCAGGUGUUUGAGAUGAAAGUUAAGGAGAAGAAGCAAAAACUGAAGGACUCUGAGGCUGAGCUGGAGCGUCGUCAUGAGCAGAUGAAGAAGAACCUGGAGGCCCAGUACAAGGAGCUGGAGGAGAAGAGACGGCAGCACGAGGAGGAGAGGUCCAACUGGGAAGCCCAACAGAGGAUCCUGGAACAGCAGAAGUUGGACGCCUCCAAGACCAUGGAAAAGAACAAGAAGAAAGGAAAAAUCUUUUAAAUGUUCAAACUGUUCUUACAAUUUAACACAAGAAACGUAUUUUACAUCCCUUUUGAUGCUCACGUGAUUUGUGACCCUCAAACCACACACACACACACACCAAGACAUUCCAUAGCAACAUUCCAGAUGGAUGCUCCUGUCACACUCUUACACACCACAUACACACAAACAUACAUACACACACAUCCCUCAAAGCAGGGUUUAUCUGCCAAAACUGUUAGAUUUUGUGUGGAAUGCAUGUGUUGGUCAGUAAUAAUCUUUAGUAUUCUGGACAACGAGGAACCUGAGUCCCUCUGAGCUGUGGAUAAGUUCACAUGGCAGGUACCAUGCUUAGCCAUCCUCUACACUUACUAUGUACUACUGUAACUGUCUGUCCUCGCUAGUACACUUAAUAUGUACUACUUGCCAUCUGUCCUCGCUAGUACACUUAGUAGCUACCUACUCUGCCUGAGGGCGGUUCAGCUUCUCAUCUGUUUGUUCCUGGAAAGAUACCUCUCACCUUUUGAUUAUUCAUUCUAACACUCCAUGGUGACAGGCAAGUGCAACAUAUAAUCACAGACAUGCACGCAGGAACAUUCCCCAGUACACCUGGGUCGUGUGUUGUAAACUGGAGUGUGGACAGCACGUGUGUUUGGAAGUGGAACGCAAAGUACGUUGUGCAGGUUAAGAAGAGUAUGUGUCAGGUUGGAAUGUGUUAGAGACAGAAGGAGAAGGAUGGACAAAUGGCCAUGAGAGGACAGUUGAAAGCCAGGUAUUCAACAAGAGAUGACCGGUUUGUGUGUGUGUGUAAUGUGCGUGUCUGUGCAUGUGUGUGUAACAUUAAACCGUGUGUUUGAGGUCAUAGACUUUGCCUGAUGAUGCCAUUCAAACCCAAGUUUCCAUUAUUUGUGCUAUAUAGAAAACAUACAAACACACAAAAACAAAGCUAACAUCAACAUUGUCAUUCUGGAAACACAUACUGAAGCUGAUCCUCCUGUUCCUCUCUGAAUAUAUGGUUUAUUUAGCAAAUUAAAUCAAUUAUUUUGUCUUUUUUUUAUAUCACUGGUGGUGAUGAUGAUGAAGAUUAUGUUUUAUAUUGUGAAAUUGUGGAUGACCCUAACCCUAACAAAGCCCUUUGACCUGUGGAUGACCCUAACCCUAACAAAGCCCUUUGACCUGUGGAUGACCCUAACCCUAACAAAGCCCUUUGACCUGUGGAUGACCCUAACCCUAACAAAGCCCUUUGACCUGUGCUUGUUGGGAGCCUCGUAGGAAGCAGAGGUCAUUCUGACCUUGGGCUAGUCUCUUACUACUAACCCACGCUCUCUCUACUUAAAUCCUACAAGUGUCCACUCUGAGGGGUAGUACGUACUGUGAUUGGUGCUAUACUGCAUUGCUCAUCGUUCAUAUACUGUUCUUUGACCCUCAGAAGGGCACAGGAAGAAGAACUCUGAUUGGCUUUGGAAGGGGCCCUAAAUCUGCACCUGACUGUGACCCCUAACCCUUACCUUUCCACAAUCCAUCGUGUUUUCUUAUAUGAUGAUGUGUGUGGAUGGAUAAAGAGCUCAGAUCCAUAUUUAAAACUGUUAGUGGGAUUGUUCAGUGGUGCUGGUUCAUAGAAUCCAUUAUUUUAGCAUUGGUCCUCGAGUCUACAGUCUUACAAGAUGCACUCUAAAUGAAUGCAAAAAGGGACACAAACUAUUCAAUCACACACACAAGUCUGUAAUCUCACUACAGAACAUGUGGUCACUACAUACACAUCCUGCAGUCCAUCUAUUGCUUUUAUACAGUUCAUUGCACAUGGUGAAUCACAUGAAGUGGUUUCUUGAUAUACGCCGUAAUCUCUGUUCAUUUCAACACCUCUCACCCUAUACCAUACUUUGCAAAGACAUCCCAGUAAACACACACACAAUUACCUAUGCCAAGAGUAUAUUUUCUCAGGACCGCUCUCCUAUUAGGGUACUUGAAUCAUAAGGUAGACUAUGCCCCCCCUCCACUGUCUCUGUAUGGUUCCUCUACCCUACACAGUCUGUAUGGUUCCUUUACCCUACACAGUCUGUAUGGUUCCUCUACCCUACACAGUCUGUAUGGUUCCUUUACCCUACACAGUCUGUAUGGUACACAGUCUGUAUGGUUCAUCUACCCUACACAGUCUGUAUGGUACACAGUCUGUAUGGUUUUUCUACCCUACACAGUCUGUAUGGUUCCUCUACCCUACACAGUCUGUAUGGUUCCUCUACCCUACACAGUCUGUAUGGUUCCUCUACCCUACACAGUCUCUCAUUGAGACGUUCCCUCUGUCUGUUUUUACCCUCUCUUCCCCAGAACCUCCUAGUGAACUCGAUGUGACGUUAGAAGUUGUUUUUUAUUGUUGUUUUCUUUUAUUUGUACUCUGUUUUCAGCUUUACGCUGUUCUUCAUUUUAUUAUCAUCUGUUCUCUCUGUCUAACUGUACAUUAUUAAUAUUAAAGUUGAGAAAGUUAUGCUUCAAGA